AUGAGUGUUGUUGCUACUAGACCGGAGAACCCGGGGUUCUACAGCUCAAUCCCUGAGGACCAUAUUGCCGACUAUGCUGCGCCUGUUCAACCAAUUGCCUCGCGAACCUCGUCCGUAUCCUCCUAUAGAACCAACUACAGCGCCUCAACCGCGCCGACUGCAUACUCCCCCCUCCUCGCCCGCGUCGGCUCUAUCCCCAAGAUCACAGAACCUAUUCAACGUCGUAUACCCCAGGAGGUGUAUGAGGUGAUCAUUCAUCACCUGGAGGAACUACACAAAGGCCAGCACCAGACAGGAUGCACGACGUGUUUCCAACGCGAUCUUCAUGCCUUGUCCUUGACGUGUCGGUCGUGGGAAAAGGCCGUCAGAGCGCCUCUCUAUCACCAUAUUCACAUUGUUGGAAAUGACUCCCCGGCUCAAUUGAAGAAAUACCGUUUGAAGCGCGGAAGCCGCCUGAAACUCCUGAGACGGACCCUGCGCGAACGAAAGUUGUUGGCCAAUCUUGUUUACGAAUUGCGCGUGCCACAGUUGGACUUGAUCUUUACCACUACAAGACAAAGUGUCCAAUGGCAGGAAUACCGCGACCUUGUUGCUUCGGUGGUCAUGGUAUGCCCGAACUUGGAGCGUCUUUUGGGCUUGUCUAUCCCCUAUCAUCACGAAUUCGACCGUCUGACCCAUGCUCUGUCGACUCGCAAGAAGCUAAAAGAGCACACUUGGGUUUUAGGCGAGGCUGCAGAAGUAUCAGAGGUAUCCCCUCGCGACGACUUUUGCCCUGGAAGUUUGGGUCCUUCGCAGAUGUUUGAAUUCCUAGACUACCACACCUCUUGGUCAAGCUUGGAAACUUUGAUGCUUUAUGGGUUGAACGGAAAUGGCGCGUUAGAGCCUAGCAUCUUCCUACGAAUGUUCGACCUUCUCCCCUCCUUGCGAAAUCUGUGCAUCUCCUCUUUCAACGAGGACGCCUUCGCCGAUAGUACCUUGCUGUGUCUACCACCAUUGGAGUCAUUACGACUAGAGAACUUACCCGGCAUCACAGACGCCGGUCUCACACAGUAUACGUCGCGACCCGAGUCGAAUUCCCUCAAGACAUUUGUUUUGGUCGAGCAGAACAUCGAGUCCAUUCUUGUCAUUUCCAAGAUACUCUCAUCACUACGACAGCUCGAGCGAUUCAAGAUCGUUCAGACAGAAAAAUGCCCAACUCUCCCAAAAGAAGAUAUGAUCUUCCAGCCUAUCCUUGCCUCGUCUACUUUGAAAUACCUUCACUGGGACGUGGCCUGCCCAGACCCAGGCACAGCUCUCACUCAACUUGACACCCUUCCCUUCCAGAAAUCUACCAAAACCUCCAAUACCCCCAACUCCCACCUUGCCCAAAGCAUUCUCUCCGCCGGAUUCCCCGAACUGGAAUCUCUCCGCGCACCCAAUGAUGUGGAACCCCCUGGUGCGCUCCAGGCUGCUUGCCGACCCAUCUUAAAGGGAAAGGCCUUGCUCCGACCCGACCGAUACAGUCUCCCCCGAAGCUCAUAUGGGUCUGUGAAUACCCGCCCGCUCGCCCUACCAGCCGGCAACAACCUAACUUCUGCUCGAAUUCGCGCUCAAACAUUCAUCGACAUGGCCGCGAAGGACACGGAGGCAGGAAUGCCAGUGCUGAUCCAGGAUUACUCGGACAGCUUUGUGCCUGACAAUGCGCAAGCCACACAGUUCGAGGACGAGCCCGAACAGGAAAUGGACGAUUACGGUAUUUGGGCCGCUUGUGAAAGAUACAAACACCAGGAAAACAACCACGAUGGACCGAAGACGGUGUAUGAGUUCCAUAUGCCAGCCUUUAUGGGCCGUAGCGGCGUCAGAGAUCCCGCGACCGGUGCAUCAAUCCCUCAAUUCAUUCUCCGCCCUGAUAUCACAGGCCAGGAGGCUGACGGUGGUUUGAUCGGUUGGAAGCAGCUUCUUGCUUCCAACCAGUCCCUCUCAUUCGCCGCCGGAGUGGGCGUUAACUGCUUCGAGAAGGGCUCGAGUCCUCCCAUCCCACCCCCUGAAGAGGUUGCCUCGCCUUCUUCUAGCACAUCUCGCUUUGGCUGGGGCAGCUUGAGUGGUCGGUCGGUUAUGGGCACUUCUCCUUCCACCCCAGUUACUCCUAUCACACCCAUGAGCAGUAUGUCUAGCCAGGCAUUGCCAUGGGAAAAAGACACCUGCACCGGCUCCUGGAAUCACAAAACAGGCCGGGAGUGGUGGUUCCAUAUGGAGCGUGAUCGUCCGAGUAACACAGAGCUCAUUGAUACCAAGCAACUCUUUUGA